GAAUAUAGAAAUUAUUCAUGGGUUUUUUUUCUCUUCUGGAUUGCUUAUUUAACAGUAUUUGUGCUCAUUUUAUUGACUGAUUGAUUUUAUAUAUUUAUGUACUGAUUUUUUGAUGGAGCAGAUAGUAACCUUAGAAGAUGUGGUUGAGGAGAUUGUUGGAGAAAUCUUGGAUGAAAAUGAUUCAAAGGAGGUGAUCCAGAAGAAAACUGGCUAUAUUGUAAUGAGAGCAGAGGGAGUAUAUGAUGUCCAUGCCCAUGCAUCUAUUUAUUUGCCAUCUGAGGACUUGAAUAUCAAAAUGCCAGAGGAACAUCAGUAUGAGACAGUAUCUGGUUUUGUAUGUGAAGUAUUUGGAUACAUCCCUAGGGCUGAUGAGAGCAUCAAAAUAUUAGCUACAAAUACCCGAAAGGUUAGUGCUGUUCGUUUUGAGCAGAUAAACAAUGGGAAAGCAAUGUCAGAGGCCAAAGAUGGAACUCGAUUGAUUCCCAAAUUCAUGAAGAGGAGAGGGAACAGUGACAAAUUGGAUAACAUUACCUAUGAUGAGAAUGCAUUUCAGAAGAGAUAAGAGAAUUGCCUUUCUGAUUGCUCUGUAGUUCUGAAGAUACAUAAGAUAAUGGCCAUUAGCUACAUUACAUAUUCUCUUUUCUUUUCUUUAGCUCCUUUUCGUUCCCAUAUUCUUAUUGCCCCAUGAAGAACAAACGGAAGGAAACCACAGGAUUACUAGGUAGACUAACAUUGUAAUACUUUUUCACAGAUGAAGUGAAGUAUCAACAUCUGAAAUAUCAUCAUUGUCAGUUGUGCAUAUGACAGUGUCUCUGGACCAUAAACUCUCCAACAUUGGAGUUUGAAUGACCUGAACCUGGGUAUUCCUGCUCUACAGACUAGCUUCUCUUUUGAGUGUACAUUGAAGAGGCAGCUCUGACUGAAGCAUGAGUACAAGGUGUAAAAGCGAUCUGUAUGGCACAUAAGGCAUGGCUGCAUUGAUCUGCCUUGAUUCAGGGAACAUCCGUAAGAGCUCUUUCUCCUGCCUUAUCUCCUUGGCUCUCUCCAACUAUCUGAACCUUUCUUGCAGAAGAGCAAUGGAUGGAUGAACGACUGUUGGAUCAAUCUGUUAAUAACUCUUAAAGGAUAAU